UGCGCAGAGCGGAUUCUCAGGUGUUGCACCACUCCCCUGCGGCUAAGCUGCGCCCCGAACAAGACUCGGCGGGCGCCAUCACGUAGUCGAGGAACGGUCAAUGGUUGGUAGCUGCCUGGGGGCCUCCGUUGUUAAUGCAGUGAUUGGCUGAUCAAUAACGGGCUCCGGGUCUGAAAGAUGCACCAACACCAUGCCUGGCUCGCUCGCAGCCAUCUCCCGUGGAAUCUAUGUUUGGCUCACAGUGGCCCGAUUUGGCAUUGCACAUUCCAAAUGCAGCUCCCGCAUCGCCAACUCCGGGUCUGGUAUGGCUGUGAGAGGCUGAGGUAUCCGAGGAUCGAACGAGCCGACAUCCAAGCCUGUGCUGAGCUGGCCCCUUAUCCUAGAUCGCUACUGCUGCUCAUGAUGCGGAAUUUGGGGGUCUCGUUGAAGCCUCCGUUCGUUCAUAAUCUCCUCGUGCUGCUGCCCUCAAAUUCAUUAUCCCUUUCCCUUCCGAGCAGCAUGCCUUCACAAGCCCUUCCGGGGCUUACGACGUUCGCGACACAGCAAGUGCGCAACGACCUGACUAUUCAAUUUUACAAUCCCCACGCGAACAAGACGCCUCGAGCGCAGACGCCUCGCCCGCCCCCAGUACAACCACCGCUAAUUCUUGCGAGGAACGCUCACGAGUCUAAUGCGGGCACUCGGAAUGGUCAACAUGCAGGGGCUCGUGAGAAUGAGCCUGAGCUCGCCGCUGGCAGAACGUCAGUCGCGCCACUGCCACAGCGAUGCGGUGACAUUGACCGUGAAGGCGGAAGUGCCUCGUUCAUACCAUGCACUUUAGCACAACGUGCCCAGACUCUUGCAACCCCUACCACUGUGAGCUCUCCAUCCGAAGAGCAGGACGGGUCGCGCAACUCACUAUCGCAAGCGCCUGAUCCAAAGAGUCCGAUCCCUGGAUGGCGCUGUUGGACGAGCGGUGACACUUUCCGCACAUCUUUGGAGCAGACGAGAUCCCCAGUCAGCAGAGUCAUGGGCAGUACGGACGUUUCGGAUUGCGGACGAAAGGAUGUCGGUGGCGAUAAAAGCUACAGUACCAGCGACUCGCAAAUUGUGUCAGAUGAAGAGAGCAACGAAGAAGUGUGGUCUGGUGUGUUCCAAGAGGAGACCGACUUGGAUUGGAUCGCAGGUCCAAGUGGAGCACUGCACCCCGCGAUUGCUGCAACCCAACAAGCAGGAUAUGUCCCUUCGUUGAGCCACGAACUUGCACGGUCUUCUCCAAUCCCUCGUCGAAAGGUCAGUCCCGGAAUCGAUCGCUUUGAGAAGGGACACGAUAUCCUGCUUUCUUCCCGCUCCAGGUCCGUCUCUAGUGAGGACGAGGACGACGAGAUGCCUCGCAGAAAACGAAGGCAACGCUCGUCACCGCUUACGGCCAACGUCCCGAACGUACAGCAGCAGCGACGACAUGGACGCCGCGACACCGCCAAGAAAGGACGCCCUCGCAAGCACGAAAUUUCGCGUUCGCAGAAAGCAGACUACUCGCAUUCCUCCAGCCGGUGUUCAUCUGCAUCGCCGUCAAAUACAACGUCAGCCAGUACGCGAACAUACUCACAUGGUGAGCCAACUUGGCAAGUCGAACGCAUCAUCGGGCGACGUCGUGGGUUCCGAGGCGAGAAGGUAUAUUUGGUAGAGUGGAAUCCCACGUGGGAGCCUCAUUCUGGGCUGAGCGGCUGCACCGACGCCAUCGCCAAUUACGAGAAAUCACGAGCGCAGCGCACCGUCGUUGCAAGGUAGUUGAAUAACAUGAUCUUGUGGUACUACUCGAUACACAUCACGCGGUAUUCGACACUCAAAAACAUGGC